CCCACAUGGUAGUUGAUGCAUGACGUGAGAGCAUGGAAGAAGGGCUACUGCUUUAGGGUCCUAAUAAUCUGGAGCGUUAUCCACCUUCAGAGGACAAUGCCGACCCACUCGCUGCCACCGUUUGUGGAGAGCCCGGAUGGACUUGCCCAAGAUAUUCUUAUUAGUAACAACGCAAGCUUCCCAGGACCUGGCUCUAGCAUGACACCACACACCAGCUACUUAGACAAGGCUGUGUUUCAAUCUGAAGGAGGCGUGCCACUGUCCUGUAUGUUCUGUGAUCAGAAUUUCACUCAUCAGGAUGAGCUAGGACCCCACGUGUUAACGCAGCACCCCACCACUUUCUCUGAGCCAGCGGUGCUUAGUGAAGCAGAAUUCAGGAUCCCAGGAGAGAGACCCCGGCCCAAACCCAGCGGCCUCCCUGUUGAGAAAGAGGAGGUUACCAGCUGUAUUGUGUGUGGGCAGGUGUCACAAGAUGCAAGUGAGCUGGAGACCCACAUGAGGAAGCACAAGGACUACUUUACUUACUGCUGCAAUGUCUGUGGACGGCGGUUUAGAGAGCCGUGGUUCCUGAAGAACCACAUGAAGAUGCAUGUGAAACCAGGAGCAAAGAGCAAGGCCCAGCAAGACCUGGAGACCCCCGUCACAGUCAAUGGUAUUGUCCAAGACCCUGUUACAGAACCUGUAGUCACUGUUUACAAAAUGUGCAUGGUUUGUGGGUUUUUCUUCCCUGACCAUGACAGUUUGGUUGAACAUAGUAAAGUACACAAUCGAGAGGUGGAGCCCGGCAAAGAUAAAGAUGAGGAGAAAAUGGAAGGUACUACUGAAUCUCUUGCCAAACAGGAAAUAUUUCUUCACAGUCUAAACCUCAUGCCUUGCUCUUCAAGAGAUAGUUUGCAAUGGGAGAGAUCAUCAAAGUGGAUUCCCCAGCUGGAUCCCUUCAACACAUAUCAGGCCUGGCAACUUGCUACAAAGGGCAAGAUAGCAGUUGGUCCGAAUAAUAUUAAAGAUAUUGGCCAGGAAGCCAGCACAGACAAUGAAGAAUGUGGCUCUGAUAAGGAGGAGCUGAAUAAUAUUUGGUCUGAGGGACUGGGAGACAAAACUACAAAAGAGGUCCUUGGGAGAGAGCCCCGGUCUCAGCCGCAGCCGGCAGAGAACGCCGCGCCGCAGCGGCGGUCUCUGAUGCAAAAAAACAAGGACAAAGAAAGGCCAACCACUUGUGAGGACUGUCAGAGAACCUUUAGGACCUACCACCAGUUAGUUCUCCACUCCAGGGUCCACAAGCGUGAGAGAGGCGGUGAAGAGAGUCCAACUAACUUUGUUGAUGGGAAGUUGUCGAGUGCUGGCUCACUGGAGCACGCAGAGGAAGGCUGUGAGGAGGGCUUCGAGGAAGCAGCAAUGGCAGAAAACCUGGGACCAGGUGAAGAUGGUUUUGAUCGCUCAAAAGUCAGAUCAAAAGGAUGCAGUUACUGUGGAAAAUCUUUCCGGUCAAGCUAUUACCUCACAGUUCAUCUGAGGACACACACAGGUGAAAAACCGUUCAAGUGUGCUUACUGCGACUACGCUGCAGCCCAGAAGACUUCACUGAAAUAUCACCUGGAUCGGCGUCACAAGGACAAACCUUACGUGGACAUUCCGAGCAGACCCGUGCCUUUAGUGCCCUCUCCUAACGAUACAAAACAUGGAAACGACCAUGAAAAUCCAGCUCCGAACAGAUCCAAACUCUGGGUUCCUGGGGCCAAGUCUUGCACCACUGGAACGCCAGAGGACAGAUUUGAUAGCAUAGGUAGCAAGCAUGGCAAACCACUCGUCCAGAUGAAUGCUGAGAAUGAGAAAUUAAUUGCUAACUCUGCCUACUCCCCGACUGAUGAUGUGGUCGUAAAGUGCCCCGUACCUGUUAACCUGAAGAUGGAGAGGAAGGAGAUAAAAGACGAGAACUCUGAGGCCCCAUUAAAUCUGUCCUUAAAAGUGUCUCUCUCCAUCCCUGCCAGUGCAGAACCCAAAGAUGCAUUAAUUCCAAUUGCGUGUCCGUUUUGUGCAUAUAAAACCAUGUACCCCGAGGUUCUGACAAUACACAAAAAGCUCACUCAUAAAGAGAAGUCAGACAGUACAAAAAAGAAUGGAUUCAGCAGUUUAAAACAAAAACGUUUUACAGGUUGCCCCCCUGCGCUUGAUGGAAAAGAUGUCCCCCCACUCCCAAUGAUUGACCGGCGCCACCCUCGUCGAACCAAGUCCCCACCCCCUCAACCUGCAAAGCCACAAGAAAAGGCCCCUAUUAACCCACCUAAUGCUCCACAGCGCUCCCCCAUCCACGCACGCGUACACGAUGUUGUCCAGGAGACCCAGCGUUGCACAAAUGACACUGACACCCCCCCCAGUCAGGAAUCGUCUAGGUACACAGAGCUCAUGAGGAAGUCCAACACAGGCAGCAAGUAUGCCAUGGAGCGACCAGCCCCCCCAGAAAGAGUGGGAAUCGGGGAGAGGAGUUACCCAGCGAGAAGCGGUGUCAUUUGGCACCCGGAUGCUGCCCGGCUGUGCCUGUCGAGCAGAUUCGGGAGCCUCGGCCAGAUGGAUUUUGGUGAACCCUCAAGCAAGAGAUUAAAGUAUGCGCUACCUCCAGGCAGGGAAGCUGACACCGGGGAGAAGCCUGGCUUUAGAGGACCAGCAGGGAACGUGUCCAACAGGCUGCUUAUCACAGGGAGAAGUGUGAAGGCCCCGUCGCAAAUGGGUCCAUCCACAGCUUCUGACACCCUGGGUUCUUUGAAGACCACACCUACAGCCAUCGGAGGGGGCUUGGACACUGAAUGGAGCAUGAUGAACCUUCUGCGCUCCUACACCCCCAAUGACCUGGCGUCUCUCUACCACAGCACAGCAGCCAACCCCAGUCAUGGAGGACUGGCCAACCCCAGAGCAGGGGGCAGAACGGUGCUGUACCAACACUUACCCACUCUGCCCAGCCUCCAGAGGAGAGACCCCUCUGGCCCUUUCCCUAAUCCUCAACGCUAUGGGACUACUGACAAAAGUACCUAAAGUGGCACCAAGAUUUGAACUGUACGGCUCCCUUAUUUUGGAGCAGUUCUUGGAAAGUGCGUUUGUCAAAAGGUGUCUAGGCUCCACUAAUUAAAUUAAACUGUUUUUGUUUUUGUUUUUUAUAGAAGAAAAUUGUGUUGCAUAGACAUUUCAUGGCUUUAGUGUACAUUUGUUUUCUUUUUCAAAUGGAAAAAGUGCAGAUUAUCUCUCUUCAAAGAUGUUAUUCCACUGGUGGGCACCGUUGACUUUUGUUCCCAUUCCAAAAAAUAAAUAAAAAAAUAACCUGUUGCUUAAUUAAUUUUUGACCCACACUAAUGUUGAUAUCUGCAAAUGUCUGACAGAACAGUAAACGUUGUAUGUGGGAUAACAUAAAUAUCUAAUAAGCUUUCAGUACAUGAAAAAAUAUAUAAAGUAAAAACAAGAAAUGUAAAGUGUGAAAAAAGAAAAGAAAAAGAAAUUAAAGAAAUUGCUGCUCUGUUCACCUACUGUUUAUGUCCAGGCAGUAAUUAAGCACUAUUCUAUUUUUUUUUUUUUUUGUUCUUCCUUUUCCAAGACACUGAAGGGUGGGGACAUUCUGUUAAUAACUUAAUGGCUUCGGCCCAGUGGUCCACAGACAGGCCACAGUAACCUGUGUGUGUACGUUGGAGUGGUCUACCUCAUGUUGUGCUCUCAACACUGUUGUUUGUAAAGCUGCUGCAGCUAUCAAGUCAGCUGAGCCUCUGUACCUAGCUCUCUGUCGACUACAGACAUGUCUUGAGAUGUAGUAUAACUCGAUGGACGAGAUUUUUGGGGCACCACAUAAAACACAAACUCAUCUGGUGAUACAGUACUCCUCCUGGGGCCAUAUCGACAUACGGCCCAUGAUUAACUGUAACAGUGGGGCUGUGAAGUUGUUUCAAUUUACUUGGCAUUCGCACACUCACUUUAACGGAACGGAUUUUGUGGUUAUUUGUCCUUUUGAAAUUAAAUGGCUAUCGUCUGCUUUAGUGGUGCCUCAAAUCCAUAAGCUGUAAAAUGUACCAACCUUUUAAGAGUUCUGUUCUGCGCAUCAAAUGGUCAUGCUCUAUUUGGACUGCACAUUUACUCACUAUUCGGGCUAUGCCGAGUCUCGAAAGUGUCAUUUUGUUUCAAGUGGCAGCAGUCAGUCCCGGCUGGUCAUGAAGUGGUCUUCUAGAUGUCAUAUGACUGUAGUUCAGGAGGGAAACAAUACAGAAGCAGCUAUGUUUAAUGGCUCAAUUAAUUACACACUGUGAAUAAAACGUCUCAGGUUAAGUCAUUUACGAGCUAUUUAGUCUAUUGUAUAAUUUAGUAUAUUUGCCACUUUGAAUGGCUCGGGUUAAGUUAUUGCUUUCUUUCUGAUUGGUAUUCACAUUACAUGUGUACUUAUGUAAAAAUGAAAAUAUUGUUUUGAGAUUUGUAUGACACAUUUCAAUAAUAAAAGUGAGGCGAAAAGC